AAUCCUAUCAUUUCUCCGAUCCUCAUUAUAAUCUGGAGGAGAAUUCAUCGCUUUCCUUCUGGUAGAUGUGGAGGAUGGAUGAGAAGACUCUUCUUCACCUGACCCUUCUAUGGAUGGCUGCAGGGCUGGGCAGUGGGCAGAUGAUGGGUCACAUGAUUUCUCCUUGGAGUUACCAUGUCUGUAACCACACGGUCAUACUGAACGUCUCCAAAGUGGUGGCAUAUCAACAGCCCAGAGAAGAGCAGACGUGGUGCUUGUCCUGGAUCCCAUGGAAGUUGUGCCGUAAGACCUCUUACCAUACCCAAUAUCGGACGGUGCAUGUGCCGGAGACCUCUGUGGUGGUCGGCUGCUGCGAGGGGUACGAGCCUGUGGGACAUUACUGCGCAUUGUCCCUAAGGAAAUCUGGUGCCUAUAUCUCACGACCAGGAAUAUGUCCUGUAAUAGAGGACAAGGAGCGGGGCCCCAACUGUACAUCUGAUUAUGAUUGUCCAGGACUACAGAAAUGUUGUGUAUCCUCCAAUGGAUCUUUCUGUGCUUCUCCUGCACCUCCAGCUCUAGACAGGAACACAAUAAAAUAUUGGUACAAUGGUACAGUUGUCAUAAAGAUGGGGUAUGAAGAACUGAUCAAGAGGGAUGAAGGAUUCAUCAAUCACACCAGAUUGUUACUCUCAAUGGUAAAAGGAGAAUUGUGGCCACUAGAGGCAGCGGUCUACCACCUAUCCACCCAGCCUGCUGGGACCUUCUCCAUAGUGUCCUCCAUCCUUCUCGGGAUUGCAGAUUCUCUUCCUCUGAUGGACAUUGCAGCAACGCUCAACAACAUUGUUAUUCGUAUACCCGAAGUUAUCAGCAUUGAGCUACAUGACUUGAAUGAAUGCCUGUGCCCAGUGCUCGGCAGCUGCCCACCAUACCAGGACUGUAUAAAUGUGGAGGGUUCCUACAACUGCACCAACAAGAGUCAUACAGACUCCAUCCAGGAAACUACAGCAUACCCAGCCCCAGUGGGCUCCGGGGCCAAUGUCUCAAGACCAGGAAUAUGUCAUAUAACAGAGGACAAGGAGCGGGGCCCCAACUGUACAUCUGAUUAUGAUUGUCCAGGACUACAGAAAUGUUGUGUAUCCUCCAAUGGAUCUUUCUGUGCUUCUCCUGCACCUCCAGCCCCAGUGGGCUCCGGGGCCAAUGUCUCAAGACCAGGAAUAUGUCAUAUAAUAGAGGACAAGGAGCGGGGCCCCAACUGUACAUCUGAUUAUGAUUGUCCAGGACUACAGAAAUGUUGUGUAUCCUCCAAUGGAUCUUUCUGUGCUUCUCCUGCACCUCCAGCCCCAGUGGGCUCCGGGGCCAAUGUCUCAAGACCAGGAAUAUGUCAUAUAAUAGAGGACAAGGAGCGGGGCCCCAACUGUACAUCUGAUUAUGAUUGUCCAGGACUACAGAAAUGUUGUGUAUCCUCCAAUGGAUCUUUCUGUGCUUCUCCUGCACCUCCAGGCCCCAUUCCUCACCCUGGCCCAUCUGAUCCACCGCUCUGGAGCAUUCCUAUCCCACGGAGUGUGACUUAUGAUGCUGCUACCCCCACUCCCUGCAAUUGCUCCAUGUUCCACAAUCACAGUGUCACUAAUGUGACCAGCAGCAGCUUCUAUAUACACUGGAAUACAGACUGCCCCGAUAACUACACGUACAAUGUACAAGUAUCAUCAAAGGAUUUGCAUCUCAGUAAAACCAUCAGGGGAACCAAAACGGGAAUAGACGGACUCCAGUCAGGAGAGAUAUAUACUGUGCAGGUGACAUUUCAGGACUGCAUUGGAUCAGUACAACUAUGGAACGGGAAAGUAAAGACGGAGGCAGAAAUUCUUAAUGCAACCCUUAAGAUUAAAAACUGGAACCUCACUGAAUCUCUGCAAGACCCCAACUCUACAGAUUACGCAGACUUUAUUCAGAAGUUUAUAUUAGAGGUAAAGAAUUCUUUGUCCAAUAAAAUCCCCCCGGAGCGGUUGGCGGUGGAGGUGGAGUCACUAAGCGCAGGCAGCAUCAUCGUCCAUUUCCGAAUAAUUAUCAAUGACUCUGAGCAUCCGGCCAAUCUCACCGCAGCCUCCUUCUCAGCCUUCAGCCCGGAGUUUCAAGUUGAUCCAGAAUCCAUUGUGGUCACAGAUUUCGAUGAGUGCCUGACACCUGCGGACAAUGACUGUCACUUGUACGCCGACUGCAGGAACCUGGUUGGAUCGUACACCUGCGAAUGCCGCCCGUCAUAUGUGGAUAGAGACCCCAGCAGGCCUGGGAGGAACUGUGAGGGUGGAGAACCGACCUCCGCGAGCCCCGAUUAUUUUGGCUUUGAACAGGUCCAUCAAGUAUCAACCCCUACAGCGAGUGCAGACCCCACAACUGGAGGAUCUGCUACGAGUCCUGUAGAGACUUCACCUCCAACCACGUCCCCACAUCUGGGACACCUGACAAAUGCCAAAGAGACGACUCCUGGAUAUCAGGAAGGUUCAUCUACAACAAGUCCCCUAUCAUCCAGUGCGGAGGGUUCUGUAGGCCCCAGUCCAGACCAGUCUAUAGUGAGCACAUCGAUACCAGCAGGACACCCUACACUGGGACCAGUGAACUCCACCCUGCCAACCCCAGUGCCCACUACAAGUCACCACACUGCGGCCACCAACUCCACUCCUAGUGUUAUAGACACCACUGCGAAAGCCAACGCAUCCGGGAUCAGCGCAGUCACCCAGGUGAAGACUGUGCCGCCAUCCACAAGCGAUAAAGGGAUAGUCACCGUCAUCCCCAUGACAACACGGACAACAAGCCGGGGGAUUUCUUGCUCUUUACCCAUAAUGGGGGUGAAUGUUGGAUCCACCAGUAUACCACCAUUGUCACCCCUCAGUGUUCUGAAGAUCACACAGAAGCCCCCCAGCCUAACACUGAAAGAUGCAAGCACGGUCAUGUGUGUUAUGGGGAAGAUCGGGAUCUUUAUGGAGAAGGCCUACCUGAACAUGAUGUCCAUUGACACUCACUCUCUGUUCCUUGGGAGCCCGGAAUGUUCCGAAAACUGCAGCAAUGACACCCACAUCUUUAUAGAAGCCGGAUGGAAGAACUGUUAUACUCAUGUGCAAACUAACAAGACUCAUACAGUAGUGAACUCGACCCUGUACGUUAACAUCUCAUCGACAUUUCAAAAUUUCCCCCCAAAAGCUAUUAGCUAUAUACGCUGCGUGUUCCACAACGAGAUCCUGUUGACAAGUGGAUACAAUCCUGCAGGAGGACUUUACACCGUCAUAGAAAAACUUGAUGCUGAUGGAACUUUUCUGCCGGAAUUCCAGCUGUUUAUCGGCGACCAGCCCAUCCCACCAAACUUCACACUGUCGGCCACCGAUGAGAUAACGGUUCAGAUCAGAAUAAAACCAGUGGAGAAUCAGUAUAAAGUGGUGAUCGAUGACUGCUGGGCAACACCCACCGAAAACUCCAAUGACCCCAUAUCCUUUCCCUUCAUCAAGGAGAGCUGUGCCUUGCCAAACACCUUCACCACCAUCCACACCAAUGGCAUCUCCAGCAACGCCACCUUCCAAACCAAGAUCUUUUCUUUUGUGGAAAAUCCCAUUGUUUAUAUGCACUGCCGACUUCACGUGUGCAGGGAGGAACCCCCCAAAACCUGCAAACCGACAUGUAAUGGUUUACGUUCGGCAAUGACUGGUGACAGUGUCUUUACUGGUGUCACCCGAAUGGGACCCCUGCGAAGAGUCGGUCAAUCAAACGACCAGGACUCAUCAUCUAAGGGAACGCUCGGGCCCGGAUAUAUCGCUCUUAUCGUCAUUGGGGUCCUGGCGUUGGUCGCCAUGGUGGUGUCCAUUUUGGUUUGUUGGCAUGAAAGAAGAACCGGAAACUACAACUUUAAGAUUAAAACUCAAGAUGUCGGCUAUCAAGUGUUCUCCAACUAGUGAUUUUUGGAAUCAUCUUGUCUAUAUAAUGUACAUUUAGUUGCUUAGAUCUCACCGCCGCCCUGGUGGUCAUUGCUGGUAUUACCGUUUAAUAAUCAAUUUUUAGUUACAAUAUUUGUUCAGUUUAGACCAGU